CUUCAUAAGAUUAGGGUCCCGAAAUGUGAGGACCACUCAUUCACUCUUGCCUUCUUCCUUCUGACCUCCCUCGCUUGCGCUUUCCAAUUCUUGCCAUGAACACGGCACGACUGCCUUCUUGGCUAAGAUCACAGCACCUUCUUCCUUCGGCUGCUGGCCGACACUUACCUACCGCGAUGGCUUCAUCCUCUCGUCUCUCUUCCUCCAAGCUUCAUCAUCGCGUAUCUUCGUCUCGUUCAGCAUCGCCUCUUCGACGCCUGGUCCCCUACAUUUCUUGGCUUCAUCGAUUCCUCGCUCCAGCAUCACCUUACUGCAAUUUUUUGUUCCGCCGCAUCAUUCUGAUCAUCGAUCUGUAUCCUCUACACCUUCUUUGUCGUCUCCGCUGAGUCUUCGCGAUGGACUCAGCACCUCUCCUCCAGAACGCCGAUGGCCUCCCCAGCCCCAACGUGAUGCAGGACCAUCCUGCAUUCCUUCGAGCAUCUCACUCCCCAUGGUCAUUCAUUCCGCAGAACGUCCUCGUUAUCUUGCGAGGAAUUGUCUUGUCACUUGUCACAGCCGUGGUGAUCCUUGUCCUCAAUUACGAGAUCCACGAACAAAGCGAGUUCUCCGAUUGGCGCAUCGUCUUUGACUUUGCCAAUAUCAGUCUGUUCUUCGUCUUUUUGUACCAGCUCAAGACCUUCUCUUGGACAUUCACUCACCUAUACUAUCCCCACCAUCAUGAUCGGCACAUGGGCGGCUUAGAAGGAUGGCUCAUCAGAAGGAUGUCGCUCCCCAAGCACAUGGGUAGCCUCCGCAAGCAAUUCUACUUUACACUCUUCUACACCAUCACUGCUGUUUUCGCUUUUGCCAAUUCGACCAUCUACUUCUUCAUCACACGCCAGCACAAGAGUGACGAUGCCAGCGGCGAACCUCAACCCGAGCCUCAACCUCCCAACGGUACCGCCUCGCACGUCUGGGCUCCCUACGCCGAAAUCACCCCUCCCGCUCCAUUCACCGACAUCUUUGGCGAGGGAUGGUUCCGUGCCUUCAUCAUCUUAUCCUUGUACGCAUUCGGUUCUUCGGUGAUGGUGUUUGAGAUCCUUGUUCUCAACAGCAUUCGACGCCCAUGGACUGUCGGUAUUCACCUCAUCGGCAUCAUUUUCUUCGCUACAGCUUACCUGGGUUGGGCGGCCUUUGGUCACCUCGUCACCAACUAUUACCCAUUUUUCUGGCUCGACAAGAACGAAGUUGGUUCAGAUGAAGCAAUUACUCUCUACUCCAUUGGCUUCGUGUUCUUGAUGCCAAUCAUGUACAUUCUGAUGCAGGGUCUCAUCGCUUCCAGAGAAAGCGUCACACGGUCCAACUCUGAGGCUCGCGCCAUCGCUGCAGCGCAAGCAGCCCUUGACGCCUGAAGGGGCGCGAAUUGGGAAUGGUGAUGGGUGCUAGAAUUUGUUUGAUGGUUAAUGAUCAAUUGGGACGUCUGCCGGUUGAGAGUGGCUUGAUGUAAUAUAGAUUGAUACACCUGAUUGGGGUAGGGUUACUCGAGACGUCUGCUCAACCUCUCAAACCUAAAAUUGACUCGACUUCGCAGCAACGAGACCGUUGUUAAACGUUAAGAAACGGACUGUGAUUUUGUUUCGCCGAAGUAACUCCCAUGAGUUGACUCAUUCAAGUUCAAAACCACGGCGUAAUGUCCAUAAUCGACAGUCGGGGUUUUAUAAAUGUCUUGGUUGUGAA